CACGGUGAGUUUUACUUAGACUUAUCACCUGCACACUUCAAGUCAGUUUAGGAAUUGACACUGAAGGAUGGGUAUGAUAAAUAGUCGCCAUGGAUACCUUAUGGCGGUUAAUUUUCAAUAACAGACUGUAGAUGUCAUACAGCUGGGAUCAACAGCAGCAGCCGUAUGGGAGUGGUUGGGGAGACCAAGGAAGCUUUUCUUAUGACAUGGGCUCUUCAGAUUUUGGACAGGAGCAACAGUUUCAAAAUUUUGAAUAUAACAAUCAACAAAAUCAAGGAGUAUCUAACCCAUCUGCUUCUUACAAUAGUGGAGGUGGCCAGCCAUCCACAUUCUUUACACCAGGACCUUCCAUCAUGACACCAGGCAUGAGUCCAGAAUCCCCUGUUGAAGAUACUUAUUCUUUGGAGGAUGAACCACCAUUAUUAGAGGAAUUAGGAAUUAACCCUGAUGCUAUUGUGCAGAAAACUCUUACAGUUCUUAACCCAAUGCGUAGAACUGAUCCUACCAUACUUCAAGACACAGACUUAGCUGGACCUCUGGCAUUUUGUUUGGCUUUUGGUAGUUUUCUAUUACUCUCUGGUAAAGCCCAGUUUGGAUACAUAUAUGGCAUUGGACUGCUGGGAUGCAUUUCUAUGUAUGGACUCUUAAAUAUGAUGUCAAUGUCAGGAGUGAGCUUAGGUGUAGUUGUAAGUAUAUUGGGUUAUUGCUUGUUACCUAUGGUGGGUCUAGCUGGCAUAAAUGUUUUAGUGUCUUUACAAGGGCCUAUGGGUAUUGUACUCACUGGAGCAGCAAUUUUGUGGUGUUCCAUAUCUGCAUCAAAGUUGUUUGUAACAGGCUUAUCCAUGGACCACCAACAGCCUUUAGUUGCUUAUCCAUGUGCACUUCUCUAUGCUGUAUUUGCUCUCAUUACCAUAUUUUAAGUGAAUGUAUGCUUAUCUAAUAUAAGAAUUUGGAACAAACUUAUUUUU